AUGCUUGGCGAGCUGGAAGGCACAGUAGUCUUCCGGGAAUUGCUCGCCUUGUUCCCCACUUCUUGGCUGGAACGCAUCUCAUCGCAUCCAAGUAGCGAGGCCGCUGAGAAGACUGUCACCAUGUCGGGAUUCAAGUUGACGAGCGGCUCCGGGCGCUUCGAGCGCGAUGCCAACGUGCAGUCCUCAGCCUCGGGCGAGCCGAUCCGGCACACGCAGCGCCCGAUGGUCACGGGGUCGUCCGUGAUCGCGAUGCGGUGCGUCGACGGUGUCGUGAUCGGAGCUGACACGCUGGCGUCGUACGGCUCGAUGGCUCGCUUCCGAAAAAUUUCACGUCUGCACAAAGCGACGGACAUGUGCGUCGUGGGCGCGGGCGGGGACCUCUCGGACUUCCAGCAGCUCACUACCAUGGUGGACAAGGAGACGAACCGGGACUACUGUUUCAACGAUGGGCACGGACUCUCGCCGAAGGCCAUCCAUCAAUACGUGGCUCGCGUGAUGUACAACCGGAGGAACAAGAUGGAUCCGUUGUGGAAUUACGUGGUGAUUGCAGGGAUGCAGAACGGCGACGACGGCGAGGAGGCCAAGCCGGUGCUAGGGCUGGUGGACUUGGUGGGCACGCACUUUGAGAGCGAAGUGAUCGCAACUGGGUUUGGCGAGUAUCUUGGGUUACCGCUGCUGCGCAAGGCGUACAGGGAGGAUAUCACCGUGGCCGAGGGGAAGAAAGUGGUGGAGCAGAUCAUGAAGGUUUUGUUCUAUCGCGACGCGCGCACGAUCGAUCGGGUGCAGAUUGCGACCGUCACCAAGGACGGAGUGGACAUGGGAGAACCGUUCAAGCUCGAGACCGAGUGGAGCUAUAAGGCGUUUGUGGAUGGCGCGAGAGCGGGCGAUAUGUCGACGUGGUAGGAGAAGUGGGCGAUUUGUAUGAUACUUACGGGAUUGCUACGGAUGUUUCGCAUCAGGCGGUGUUUGUAAAGCUUGUUGCGUUGUAAAUGGAAAGAGCAUUUUUGCGCAGGCUG